CUACAGUGGUUAGCCACAUGUACACGACCCAACAUAUCAUAUGCAGCCUCAUACCUCGCUAGGUACCUUACCAAACCGACGAAGAAAGUGUGGGAAGAAGGGAUAAUGGUGAUUACCUACCUUCGAUCCACUCGGUUACAUGCAGGAUGGGUUGAUGCCAAUUGGGCAGGAUGUAAAGACACACGACGAUCAACUACUGGCUGGAUCUUUAUGAUGAACGACUCACCGAUAACAUGGAGUUCAAAAAGACAAGCUACAGUAUCGUCGUCGACAGUCGAAGCAGAGUACAUUGCGAUGGCUGAAGCAGCGAAGGAGGCUCAGUGGUUGAGAGGACUACUGAGGGAGAUAGGCUACGAUCAGCUAAAUCCUACUGUCUUAAAUUGCGAUAAUCAAGGAUCGAUAUCACUAGCGAGAAGACCUGGUACUCACCAGAGGACAAAACAUAUUGAUAUUCGACAUCAUGCUCUUCGAGAUCUAGUCAGUAAUAAAAUUAUUGAACUAGAAUAUGUCAGCACUGUCUCCCAGAGAGCAGAUGUACUCAUGAAGGCUUUAGGUGGACCAGUACAUUCGGUGAAUAUGUCAGUGAUACAGGUAGAACCACCAAAGAAGAAAAACAUUGGUUCAGUAUACGUGACAUUAGAUGAUGAUGAAAUCAUCGAUUACGAUUACUCUGAUUUCGAGGAUCUAGGAGAUCUAUCAGGUGGUACGCACACGCAAUGGUACCAGAGAGAGAAGUUGUACCAGAGAGAGAAGUAG